GCGAGAGGUCGGCGGACGGGAUGUCGGUGGUCGGCUCACUCACGGCCACCGCCGCCGCCGGGCCGCAGGCGCGCCCGCCGCUCUCCGACCGUUGCAGGGUGGCAGUGCUACUGCCGUAACGCCACACCAUGACGAAGAAGUUUGACUUUAACUGGCGCAUACCCGUGCCAGAGGCACUCACACAAGGCUGUGUGCUGGACAGGUGGACAGAGGAGAAGGACAACGUCGACUUCGAGCCGCAGUGCCUGUUCCGAGUGGACGAGUAUGGCUUCUUCAUCUACUGGAAGAGCGAUGGAAACGACGCCGAUCUGCUGGAGCUCUGCCAGGUCAACGACAUCAGGGCGGGCGGUUUGCCUCGGGACCCCAAGCUGCUGAACCAGUUGCAGGCGCGCCACGGGGCUGACCUCGAGGCCAAGUCGCUGAGCAUCUGCAGUGGCACCGACAUGGUCAACAUCAACUUGCAGCACGUGAUCCUGCCCGAUGUGGAGACGGCCAAGGUAUGGCUGUCAGUUCUGCGCGCCGCCACACAUAACACGAAAGCCAAUAAUGUGUGCCCCAUGACAUGUCUCAUCAAGCACUGGAUGCGACUCUGCUUCUCAGUCGACCAGGACGGCAAAAUAACCGUCAAGAAUAUCGCAAGAACGUUCGCCUCGGGCAAGACUGAGAAGCUGGUCUACCAAUGCCUGGGGGAGCUUGGCCUGCCGUGCGAAAAGGUCCGUGGCUCAUGUGCCGACGUGCUCAGCGUCAGUAGGAAGCGGCGAACCGAAAAGAAGCGGCAUAGCCGUAGUUGCGUGUAUAUUGGGUGCAAGCUUCUGUCCCCGUGUGGGGUUGAACAGCGAAUGGCUGCUGAUCAUUGCUGUCUGACGCGAAUGUGAAGGCUUUCUUCGAAGGAAAAAUGCCGUUUGUUGCCAAAUUAUGUGUGUGUGUUUUCUGUAAUCUUUCGAGCGGUCAGGUGAUAGUGCAUCACGUAUGAAAAGGGCAUUAAAAAGAAACACCUUCUUCCUGUGCCUGCUUAGAUGUGGGUUUUUUGGGCGGGGGUGCAGUUUUGGUGUGGCCUAUCUUUCCAGAGCAUGCAGCUUUCAAAAGACAAGGACAGCUGUGGCGUAACUUUUGUUCAUCCGCCUUAUGUAUGAACAAAAAUCAAGCCAAAACUUGUUUUAUCAGUCAUGGCAGAAUAUUUAGUCACUGUGUACGUAAGUACUAAUGGAAGUCAAUGUGGUUGCACCUCGUCAUCAUCGAUUGGUGCUUGUUUGUCAGUUGUGUCAUCCAAUCAUACAUGUCAUUCAACUGAAUUAAAGACAAAUCAAAACGUGAGAUUACAUCAGCAUCUAUGAAAUUACAAUGAUUGUUCGCGUUCGCGUACGAAACAAGAUUUGGGCUUUUGGAAGCAUGCGCUACAUUUCUGUUGAACAGAUACAGAUGCAUAACAAUUUGUGUAAUACACAUUGCACGUGGGUGUUUAGAACGGUCAUGAUGAUAUCAAUCACGUUGAUCAUGUUGGAGAAGGAAGCGCUGGUGAACGAUAAUUACGCAAGUUUAACGGACUAUCUCGAAUGCCCACUAUUCCUGUGUGACAAAUCGUCAAAAGUAUGGCGUGCAUGUGUAUGCGGCAUGCCGCCACAUAACUACACACCGAUGUUUUACGCAAUACGUAUUCAAACCAGAUUCAGGUGCAUUACGAGCAUAACCACAAGACUGACCUGACCACGUCCGGCCAGCCUCAUACCAGCCCAAAUAAGAGCGCUGUCACACUACGCAGUAUGAUCACUGAAACUUCUCUUCAGAACAAAACGCA